AAAAUAUAUUUUGAAAUGGAUAAAGAAAAGCUAAUUGCUCCCAAUCAGAUGGGAUACCUGAUCCUGAAGGACGAUGGCAACCUUCUGGAUUCGGGGGGUGACCUGAAGAACGACGACCGUAGUGCGAAUGUGAUAAUGGGGCUUCUGAAUCUGACGGACAGCAUCGAUGAGGACUUUAUGCCCAACAGUAGCUGCGAGAGGAUCACCAUCGACUACGACCAGCACUACUACAGUAUAUGCAUGUCCAAUCGGCGCAUCUACGUCGUAAAGCUAAGCAAGACGCACACGCAGAAUGGAGCCACCACGAGCUCGUCGUCUUCCACGUCCUACAACGACGCCGCCGAGGGCAACAACAUUAGCAGCUCCACGGUGCUGGCUUGAAAACUACCGACCAAUGCCCAUUCCACGUGCAGGUUCUGCCGGAGAUACGAGGAGCGCCGGCCAGGAUCGGGGCAGCGGCACUACAAUUGGCGAACGCCCUUCGUUUACCUCAUACUGCUAUUUAUUUGUCAAAGAAUACAUCAUCUGUGAGCUCCUGUUCAAAUAUACGCUUCGCCUCUUGGGUCA